AUGCCGGAGCCGCCCUCAACAGCCAGCUUCUCGGCCGCCGCCAUGAAUCUGUAUGUCAUGCACUUUCCCAAUAUGAAUCUGGGCCGGAGCAGCGACGUUGAUUUGCCCGCCAUUGUGGCCGAUAACUUGCAAGUCUUUUGCGGCCGGACCGGAUAUUGUCCACCGGCCGCACGCGUGCCGACUUUGAAGCUUCGGAGUAUUCGAUUCACGACGUGCGCGGCUAAGUCACCAAAAGAGGGUGCGUCUUUAUCACCAGCAUCAGCCAUCACGCAUGCUGUUCCGCGGCUCGCCCUCCCCCCACAAACACAGCGACGCGGUGAGGUCGUUUUGCCGUCUUUCCAUAGCCCCGCCGACACGGCAACGCAGGCGUCGAGCGACGUGCACGAGCCGAGCCACAGCCAAGUCUGGCCCCUCUUGGGCAAGCAGCAGACACCCCCCUUUGCCCUUGAAGGGAUGCCGCUGGACUACAACCUGGAUAUCAUGGAGAUCUACCAAACAUGGCCAUCAAAAUUGAACCGGGAUAGUGUGGGGAAGUGGGGAGGGGAAGGGUAG